UUACCUGUUCCGGUUACUGUAUUGUUGUUAUUGCUUUCAUGCUUUGUGUCGGCGGCUGCCUUGGUGAUUUAUAGGUUGUGUUUACUUGUAAAAAUAUUGAUUAAAUCCUAAAUACAGUUGUUUUUAAUUUUAUCUAGAAAUUUAACAGUUAUCUGUGUUACUUUACGGUUCAACUUUGAUUAAUUCGUGUUUGCUUGGCUACAAAUAACUUGAAAUAAUGGUUACAAACACUGAAGACGACGAUGACAGCCAAGAGGAGACUGUCAACUACAAACUUCAAUAUAAAAAUUUAAAAAGAAAACUCAAAUUCCUCAUCUAUGAGAAUGAAUGUUUUCAACAAACAUUACGGUCGACGCAACGGCGCCUCUUGAAGGCAAGUCGGGACCGAAGUUUCCUCCUUGACCGUUUAUUUGCACUGGAAAAGGUGGAGGCAUCUUCCAGUGAAGGCGAAGAAACUGAGUCUUCUGACGAUGGCGAAAUUCUCAGAUCUGAUGCCAAGAGAAGGAAAAUGGAUUUCGGUUCUAACAGCUACGGAACUUCUCUCAGCUCUGGAAGCUCAUCCAAGUCUUCUGUGAAAAAGAAGAAGCCCAGCACACCCAAAGCUGCCAAACCUCAACAGAGCAGCAGUCAGUCAUCUCAGCAAAUUCAAGCUAUAAGUUCGAGUGGCAUUGGGGAUUCUCAUACAAUCUUUAUUAAAGAAGAGAUUGACAGAACCAUUGAGGCUCGCCAUCAUUAUUUGGAUUUGGAAAGUAGUAAGCCUACUACUCUGCAUUCGGAGAUAUUCAGCAAUGAGCCUUCAUUGGACAGUGAAUCAAACGAAAUAUGUGAUAUGGAGCCAUCUCCAAGUACACUGACUGACGACUGCCUCAAUGUGGAUAUGAUGCAUGAGUGAAGACUUUAAAUAGGCCUACUGAAAGAAUUUUGAUGUUCAAUGCCACUUUACAAUCGUCCUCUCUUUUUGUUUAAGUACUUACUUAGCGUGUAUUAUCUUGUAACCUUGUGUUUACUAAAUAUUUAUUACACUGUAUUAUUUGAUAUCUAUGUAUUAAUUAAAAAAUUGUAAAACAAA